AGCGUCGGCACAUCUCAUCACUACUUUUCUCCUUCCCGGUGAAACAAGCGGACGUUAAAAUGCGACUUGUCGGGGCGGAGAUCUCGGUUCUGUCUCUCCUGAUGAUGAGCCUUCACGGCGCUGCAGCACUGACUCACUCGCUGAAGUAUUUCCUCACUGCGUCCUCUGGACUCCCAAACUUCCCAGAGUUUGUGGGUGUUGGGCUGCUGGAUGAAGUUGAGUUUGUUCACUAUGACAGUGACACCAAGAGAGCAGAACCCAGACAGGACUGGAUGAGCAGACUCACAGAGGAUGAUCCUCAGUACUGGAAGAGGAACACUGAGCUCGCUAUGGACACCCAGCAGGUCUACAAACGCCACAUUGAAAUAUUAAACCAAAGCUUCAACCAAACUGGAGGUGUCCACAUUAACCAGAAGAUGGUCGGCUGUGAAUGGGAUGAUGAGACCAAUGAGGUCAAGGGUUAUGAUCAGUUUGGUUAUGAUGGAGAAGACUUCCUAUCAUUUGACCCGGAGACAGAGCGAUGGAUCACUGCAAAACAGCAGGCUGUCCGUAUCAAACAGAAGUGGGAUCAGGACAGAGCUCGGACAGCACACAGGAAGUUUGUCCUGACUCAAGAGUGUCCUGAGUGGCUGAAGAAGUACUUGAGCUACGGGAGGAGCUCUCUGAUGAGAACCGAGCGUCCCUCGGUGUCUCUCCUCCAGAAGACUCCCUCCUCUCCAGUCAGCUGCCACGCUACAGGUUUCUACCCCGAUAUAGCCGACCUCUUCUGGAGGAAAGAUGGAGAGGAGCUCCAUGAGGACGUGGACCUCGGAGAGAUCCUCCCCAACCACGACGGGACCUUCCAGAUGAGGGUUGACCUGAAACUGUCCUCCGUCCCUGCUGAAGACUGGAGGAGGUACGACUGUGUGUUCCAGCUGUCUGGUGUGGACGAGGACAUCGUCACCAAACUGGACAAGACCAGGACCAACAGGGAGAAGCCUGCUGGCUCCACCUUCAUCAUCAUCAUCAUCAUCAUCGCUGUGGCUGUUCUUGUCGUCAUCAUCGCUGCUGUGGUUGGAUUCAAGGUUUACAGAAAGAGGAACGCCAAACGCUCUUCAGCCAAAUGCCCUUCUUCUACUGACGGCUCUGAAGAGUCUCUCAGGGACAAACUGAACCCUAAACCUUGAAGUCGGCGUCCUGCACACAGUUUAUGGGUGAAUAUUGCUCUGGAUCAACAAGCGAUGCUCCACAUUCUUCUCCAUAAACUGUCAAUUUAUGGCUCAUUCAUCCUUCAUUUAAACGUCUGAAUCAGGGUUGGUGAACAUCUGGAAACUGUGAGGAAACAUCAAUAGUCACUUUUAAUUAUUUGGGUAGUUUGGUUUUAAUAAAAAGGUUGAAAUGAAAUAAAAUGAGGAUGAUUAUUUUAGGAGACGUUCAAAUCAAUGAAAGCAUCAAAGUGCUCACAGACUAGUGUGUUCAUCUCAAACAAAUCCACCAUAUUUACUCUUUGAUACUUCUGCUGUUUGGGUUGAAUCAUUGUUGGUAACAAACGUGUAAAUACACACA